CCCCCUCAGGAGACUGAAAGUAAAGAUUUAUUUGAAUGAUGAUGUAAUGAUUCAACAGUACAGAGUAUUGGAGGAAACUCACCGGUCUGCUGUUCAAAGUCCGUUGAUGUUCUCACGUCAUUAUUAAAGGAAUCCCUGUGCAUUUGUUUUGUAAUUUCUCUCAUGCUGAUGAGAAAAUGGUUGGACUGAUGUGAUUGAUACAUCAAAUAACAUUCCAGAAAAGGUCUCCUUGUUUUUGUCCUAGAGUAUGUUUCAUCAGAUUUCUCCUAAUGCUGCUCAUUCAUAAUAUUUAUUUAAUAUUGUAUGUUAUAAAGUCGACUCCUGAUCAUCCUCAACCAGUUUCUACCGGUUUGUAGGCGGCCUUGUAGAGUAGUAAACCCCAAUCCAGCUGGCGGCGCUAUUGUUCUUUUCCGGGUUCGCCAACCACUACAACCAWGGAAGAAUUUUUUUAAAUUAUUAUUUGACUAGAACACGGAAGUAGUAUUGGAGAAGACUUUCUUUUGAUUUUGMAGUCCUUGUGUGAAGUAAAGAAAGACAUACUGACUGAACUAAGUAGGGUAACGUUACCCAACUCUCAUUYGACUGAAAAUGUCUAAACUACAGUUGUUGCGUGUGUUUUUAAAUGAUCGUUUAACGGCGGCUGUUGUGGAUAUUUUCGGGGCAGUUGAGAAAACGGUASUGGAAUACCACGAGGRGAAUGAUCGGCUACGGAGACUGCUGCGGAUCACACCGGAGAUACCGCUAUGUAGAAUAGACUCCCUGCAGUUCUCUCUUUCUGUCUCUGAAGAGGAGGUUCCCCCUGAGCAGCAGCACUGUGAGCAGGAGUGGAGCCCCAGUCUGGGGCAGAUGGACCCAGAGACCAUACAGAGUAAAGAGGAACAGGAGGAAGUCAGGACCAGUCAGGAGGAAGAGCAGCUUCAAGGGUUGGAGCCUGAUAUCAUAGAUUUAGAUUUCACUCCUCCUUGUGUGAAAAGUGAAUGUGAUCUGGAGGACCCACUUUGGUCCUUUACUCUUCCUCAAACCAAGACUGAGGAAAACAGAGAGAGUGACUCUAAACCAGUGGAUCUCAAACCUUUURUCACUGUGACCCAYAUUAAGGGUCUCUACAUUCCCUGUGAUGCUCCAGAYAAUCAAAACAAUGCCUCCAGCCACAGUUCAGCUGUAAGCAGCGACACAGUAGAACUUGACAGCAGCCCACCAUUGGAUCCCAGUCCACCAUUGGAUCCCAGUCCACCAUUGGAUCCCAGCCCACCAUUGGUUCCCAGUCCACCAUUGGUUCCCAGUCCACCAUUGGAUCCCAGUCCACCAUUAGAGAAACACUGUUCCAAACCCAGCACCACAGCUAGAAAAACUCACCACUGGCGUGACUGUGGUAAAACGUUUGCUCUAAAAGCUGACCUGCAGAGGCAUAUGACUCACGCCAGGAAGAGACCCAACGAAUGCCACUUCUGCCAAAAACGCUACAUCUCCACCUGUAAACUGGGGGCUCAUGUCCAACUCUGCCACGUAGAGAAACCCUGCACCUGUUCCAAUUGUAGCAAGUUCUUUAAACUCAAAAAAGAACUUUCCAGGCACAUGAGGACUCACGCAGGAGAGAAAUGUUUUAGCUGUGGUGAUUGUGGGAAAGGCUUCAGUCUCAAGAAGGACCUAACCAGGCAUAAACUGACUCACACCGGUGAGAAACCAUUUAGCUGUGGUGACUGUAGGAAAAGCUUCAGUCAGAAGGGGAACCUAAUUGAACAUAAAAGGGCACACACAGGAGAGAAACGGUUUAGCUGUGGUGACUGUGGGAAAAGCUUCAGUCAGAAGGGGAACCUAAUUGAACAUAAAAGGACUCACACAGGAGAGAAACCAUUUAGUUGUGGUGACUGUGGGAAAAGAUUCAGACACAAGAGGACCCUAAAAAAUCAUAUACUGACUCACACAGGAGAGAAACCAUUUAGUUGUGGUGACUGUGGGAAAAGAUUCAGACACAAGAGGACCCUAAAAAAUCAUAUACCU